AUGUCCCAGGAAAAGCUCAAGGUUCUUAUCGCCGGAGCUGGAAUUGCUGGCCUCUCCGUAGCUGUCGCGUUAAGAGCUCUCCCGUAUAUUCAGGUGGAGCUGUUUGAGCAAGCGACCGAGCUUCGAGAAAUCGGCGCCAGCAUUGCCAUAAGUCCCAAUGGACUCCGCUCGCUCGAGAAGCUCGGUGUACUAAAUGCUCUCGACGAAGAUGUGGCUUUUCGUGGCCCUUCUGCCAUUCCUAUGAUUUACAGACACUGGAAGACAAACGAGGUUAUACACCAGGACGAUUUCGCCGACGUUUCCCUCCGUCACCAUGAAACAGCGAGAUUCCACCGGGGACAUCUGCAUGCAGCACUGCUAGAACAUGUCCCCUUCGAACGUAUUCAUUUGGGCAAAACAGUAGUGUCCGCGGAUGCAUCGCAUGACCAAGUCACACUUCACUUUGCUGAUGGCACAUCCACCCAAGGAGAUGUUUUGAUCGGCGCGGAUGGAAUUCAUUCGUUCGUGGAGCUUACUGGAUUGAAACAGUGGGGACCAAAGGAGAACUUUUUCGCCUCUCGACUUGGGAAGAACCAGUACACCACCGUCGGCAAUUUCGACUUACCAGUAGAGACGGAUGGCAAGGUUAGGAAUGUACAGUGGGAUGACGAGGGGAAUGUGGAAGUACUAAGACAGCGCUACAAGGACUGGAAUCCUGUGGUCAAAGCCUUGGUGGAUUCAACUCCCUAUACGCGCAUUUACCCUAACUACGCUGGCGAGCCUCUUACAACCUGGGUACUUGAUUCACGAGUGACAUUGGUCGGCGACGCAGCGCAUACCCACGGUGGUGCGUUCGCUGCUGGAGGCUCCCUAGCUAUUGACGACGCUUAUGCAUUGUUUCUGGCCUUUCAACAUACUCUGGGGUCGUGCAGAGCUCAGAAACCAAAGAGACAUGAGAUCCGAAAUGCGCUUGGUUUGUACGAUGAGACGCGGCGCCCACAUACUGAAAGGCUUUUGGCGAUUGUCCUCAAAGGCAUUGGAGCCCAGGCAACGAACACAGACUCCGACGAGAUUUUAGCAGAAAGAGUUCGGAACAAGCCCAACACAACCUGGCUCUCAGAGCACGAUGUGGAGAAAGCGUUUCAAGGCGUCUUACAAAACAGAUCUGUUGGAGAUAGGGUGGCGUCGGCUACAACGCCCCUAGGUGAGCCAUCGACUGGGCGGAGACUUUGGUUUCAGAAGGGUCGAAAGUACGACCCCGACGCGAUUGCAACUCAGCCGUCAGCCUAUGAUGACCCAGACACUGCACAUGAAUAUCAACCGAAUGAUGACUGGGAGAACCUGCAUCGAUUUGACCCCUCCGCAAGAUGGACCUGGGGUGAGGAAAACCGGGUCAUCCGUAAGAUUGAUGUUCGGAUCAUGAUAUUUACCUCGAUCAUGUUCAUGGCUCUGGAAUUGGAUAGAGCGAACCUUCAACAGGCCUUAACCGACAACUUCCUGAAAGACUUGAAUCUCACCACUAAUGACUAUAACUUAGGGAAUACCGUUUUCAAACUCUCUUUCCUCUGCGCAGAACUUCCUUCACAACUCGUCAGCAAAUGGAUGGGACCAGACAGGUGGAUUCCCACGCAAAUGACCCUCUGGUCGGCGGUUGGUAUGGCUCAAUAUGGACUCAAGGGACGGUCAUCCUUCCUUGCCUGUCGAGCCCUUCUCGGAAUGCUCCAGGGUGGAUUCAUCCCCGAUGUCAUUCUUUACUUGUCUUACUUUUAUAAAUCGCAUGAGCUGUCUGUGCGACUGAGCUUCUUCUGGACAGCCUACAACCUGGCUGAUAUUCUCGCGAGCUUUCUAGCCUUCGGGCUCUUGCACCUACGCGGUGUCCAAGGCCAGCCAGGUUGGCGAUGGCUGUUCCUCAUUGAAGGCCUCAUAACGCUGAUAGUCGGCCUCGUCGCAUUCAUCUUAAUGCCACCAGGACCUUGCCAAACUGCUAACUGGGCGAGAGGCAAGAAAGGCUGGUUCACACCACGCGAAGAAACAAUCAUGGUCAACCGCGUGAUCCGCGACGACCCAAGCAAAGGCACAAUGCACAACCGCGAACCGAUAACCCCGAAACUCCUCUGGAAAAGCCUCUGCGACUACGACCUGUGGCCCCUCUACGCCAUCGGCCUCACAUGGCUCACACCCAUGACGCCGCCCCACCAAUACCUCACACUCAACCUGCGAGGCAUGGGUUUCAACACAUUCGUAACGAACCUCCUUACGAUCCCUUGCACAUUCGCCCAGAUCCCCACCAUGAUCACACUCACAUAUCUCAUCAAUAAGUGGGUUGCGUGGGUGAUCCUGACUAUAUUCUUGUCUAUUCCGUCCGCACAUCCAAUCCAAGUCGCCUGGAACUCCCGCAACUCGAAUACCGUUCGCUCGCGCACCGUGUCCGCUGCCGUGUACAAUAUGUGCGUGCAGGCGUCUGGGAUCAUUGCUUCGAAUAUUUACCGGAAAGACGAUGCGCCUAGGUAUAAGAGGGGAAACCGGGUUCUUGUUGCUUUGGUGGCUAUGAAUAUUUCUAUUUAUCUGUUUACGAAGGCAUACUAUGUUUGGCGGAAUGCGUCCCGGGACAGGAAGUGGAAUUCAAUGUCGGCGGAGGAGAAGAGGGUGUAUUUGGCUACGACUACGGAUGAGGGGAAUAAGCGGUUGGACUUUCGGUUUGCGCAUUAG